GGCAUCGGCUUUGAGAUCACUCCUGACCUGUGUCAGAAAUUCUCCGGGGACGUAGUGCUCACUGCAUGGGUCGGGGCACGGGGCCACUCAGCAGUGCAGAAGNUGCAGGCUGAGGGCCUGAACCCACGCUUCNACCAGNUGGACAUUAAUGAUCCUCAGAGCAUCCNCGAGCUGNNCGACUUUCUGCUCAAGGAGUACAGGGGACUUAAUGUGCUGGUCAACAAUGCGGGUAUAGCCUUCAAGGUUGAUGACCCCACCCCCUUCCACAUUAAAGGAGAGGUGACAAUGAAAACGAACUUUUUUGGUACCCAAGAUGUCUGCAAGGAGCUGCUCCCUCUAAUAAAACCCCAAGGCAGAGUGGUGAAUGUGUCCAGCAUGGUGAGUCUCAGNGCCCUGAAAGACUGCAGCCCGGAGCUGCAGCAGAAGUUUCAAAGCGAGACCAUCACAGAGGAGGAGCUGAUGGGGCUCAUGAACAAGUUUGUGGAGGAUACGAAGAAAGGAGUCCAUGCGAAAGAAGGCUGGCCUAAUAGUACAUAUGGGGUCACCAAGAUUGGAGUGACAGNCCUGUCCAGAAUCCUUGCCAGGAAACUCAAUGAGCAGAGGAGAGGGGACAAGAUCCUUNUGAAUGCCUGCUGCCCUGGGUGGGUCAGAACUGACAUGACAGGACCACAAGCCACCAAAAGCCCAGAAGAAGGAGCAGAGACUCCUGUAUACUUGGCCCUUUUGCCUCCAGAUGCAGAGGGGCCUCACAGGCAGUUUGUUCAAGAUAAAACAGUUGAACCAUGGUGA